AUGGCAGGCAACUCGGCCCCAGGCAACGUCCAAGAGACUCCGGUGCCUGUUCCAAAGCCUCAGAUUCUCCAGGCCCAAAGCCAAAUUCACCAACCCAACCCAACAGCACCCUCCGUUCCAACUGUUGCAGGGGCUCCUGCCUCGACAGCCGUGGACAACAAAGGACAUGUUGCAGCUGGUUCUACUGCUCAGUCUGCAUCCAUGACACAGCCUCCCAACUUAGCAGGACAGGCACAGGUGAAUCCGCAGCCUAUUUCCCGUUCUGCGUCAGUUCCAGCCGUGCAGACUCCGGUUCCAGCCCCAGUCCCACCGCUCAUGGCUCCGGCGCCAGCUACAGGGGUUCCGGCACCGGCAUUGGCAUCGGCAUCGGCAGCAACACCGGCAACAACAACGCCGGCAGUGCAAGCAGCAUCUUCUGCAUCCCCAUCAUCAGGACCGUCAAAGGUGACACUAUCUACAUCAAGUGCUCCUUCCAACACAACUGCAAUCACCUCUACCCCACCUCGUCCAUCUUCCCCAGAAAUUCCCGUCGUGGAGCCGUUGACUCCUCCUCUUGCCCCCGUUCAAUUUCCACCUCCCAGACAGAGUCAUACUUAUCUAAACCAUCCAGCCGAACAAACUGUCAUCCAGCCACCAGCUCCCGCGCCUUUGGACUUUGACAGCAAUCCAGACGUUCUGGCUCUAAAGUCGACCAUGGCCAUUCUGCAGAUACAAGCAGCCAAGGCUAAACGUGACAUGGUGGCUUUGCAAAAGGCAAAGGAGGCAGCACUUGCCGACCCAGAGGCUUUCAUGAAAGAUUUACAGGAGGGAAAGAUCCAGAUGGGCGGUAGCGGACUGUCGGCAUCACUGGAACACGAUGAUGACUCAGAUUCGGAUUCUUCUGGCGAUGAUGACGAGGAUGUAGCCAUGGACUUGACAAAGGAUGAGCAAGCGAGUGAUGCUGUUAAGAGUGAGCCCAAAGCUCCUGGAUCCGAGAAAAAGCCAAAGCCGCAACGAAAGCCGUGGAGCCAAUUACCUAAUAAGCAAAGCGUCGCGCGCAUGCCGGCCAUCAAUUGGAGUCAGUACGCCGUGGUUGGAGAAUCGCUGGACAGACUUCAUAAUGACCAAGUGGCACGGCCGGCUCAGGGCACUCCAGCAACACUUGCCGCCGAUGGCACGUAUGUGUUCCAUGGUGAAGGACGUCAACAGGAAUUCAAUGGUAUUGCAGCACCAUUUGAUCCCCUCAAGGAUCAACUGGCGAAGAAGUCGAAGCCUAAGACUCCAAACCGCCAGGGAUAG